GAUGCUAGCUCGGGGGACUGUGCCAUCUCGGGAGAUUUGAAAGGUGAGCAGAGGGGACUGUUAAGUCUUCUCCUUAUUCCAUUCCCAUAAUACAAAAUAAGGCAACAAACCCCUUUUAAAACAAGGUCCGGUUAUCCUGCAGAACUCACUGACACAUGAUAUUAUUGCAGCAAGCAAUUAGCAAGCGUUUUAAAGGGUUAAAUGUCUGUUAUGUUACAGGGUAGGGCACAGCCAUGGGGCUGAGGUGACAUUUUCUAAGAUUUACCCAAAAUGUACGGGCUAAAUAAUUGUUAUGAGAGGUUGAUGGAAAUGAUACUCUCAGCAACUGUACUGUGAAAAUGUUUGAUAUUGGGUCUGGGACUCGCUGCUGGCUUAUCUGUGAUACUCAGUGUGGAACAGCUGCUCUGCUGGGCCUGAGGAGCUAUAGUGCUGGAGUGUUACUGAUUCACCAACACCCUCCCUUGUGAUGUUAAGUGUGUGCAGGGUGCAGCCACCCAGGGAGCUCCCUGGAGGUCAGUGCAGGCCAGGUCAUUGUGUUGCCCGGCUGGGGGUGCUGGCGCACUGAGGCAGGCAGAGAUGUAUCCGAGAGUUCGGUGUAGGGAGUCUGGGUGUCCUUUUCCCCCACUCUACCCCCCCUCAGGAACUGAAGCUCUCCCCAGGCACUGGCUGGCUGAAAUGUGAACCUUGUGCAGUUGUCAGGAAAUGGCUAGUGACAGUUCUGUGACACCUGUAGUAAGGGUGUGUCCUGGGGCUGCGUUCCAGGCUGCUGGAUCCAUGGGGUGCGUGUCUUCUGUGGAGCAGCUAAAAUGAGGACCGUGGUGUUGCACUAAAUUAGGGCUCUUCUCCCCCCAUUUAAUCUGACUCCAAAAAGCAUCCAUCGUUUCCCUAGAGAAGAGACAAUGAGCGGGGUUCAAAAUGACCAGGGCUCCAUUUCUGUGUCUCAGGACUAGACUGAUGGGGUGGGGCAGGAUAGCUUUCCUCUGGCUCUUGUCACUAUAGGAUCUGAGCCUGACAAGAAGCAAACAGGAAAGAGCAGGAUGCCAAAGUGCCUGGGGUCCGUGCGUGCAUGUGGGGAAGAGGUGAGGGGGGGGAACUGCUGCAUGGGGAGCGCUUUCAAAAAUCUAUCUUCAGUGGGUCCUCCUCCCAACACCUCAGCCAGAAGCAUGGUUUGAUCCCCAUCUCAUCCGGGGUGCUGAGACUCAGAGUGGUUGGGAACUAACCCUACAGAACUGCCCUGUGACUGUGGGUGCCUUGGGGCCCCUGAGUGGCUGAGGCAGGAGUCUCCAGGUGGCCCUGCACUGCCUGGGUGAGGUGAGGACAGCAGGAAGGAGCGCAGAAUCGCCAGCCACUUCCUUGCAGGAAAGCCAGGAGAAAUCAUGGCUCUGACAGGUACUGGCAUCUGCAUGGUGCUGCCUGACUGUCUGGGGACUGGUGCCAUCCGAGGGCUAGGCACCUUGCUCCCCCUUGUCUGUGACCAUCUGAACCCCGAACAGAUAAUCCUGCUUUUUCUGGGCCCAGCCUGCGGUGGGAGCAGCUCUGAUGCACCCUGACACCUUCCUCCACCUCCCAGAGGUCACGUGCCUCUGGGACAAGGGGCAUCUCAGGCCCAGAAGGGCAUCUAGCAAUCCCACAAUGCCCCAGGCCUGCCAGGGGACCCAGCGCUUUGGCCUUAGCACCCCCUUAGUAGGUGUGGGGAUAUGAAUAGGGCCCUGAAUCCACAGUGCACUCUGGUCUCUGGCACAGGCCCUGCUCCCCAAUGAAAAGGUGUUCAUGGAUCUGCCCAGCCCCUUGGGGGGCCACGGGAAUUUAUCCCAACUCGUCUGUGGAGCAGGAUUAUUCUUGUAGCUGCCAGGUGCAUUCUGGGAUUGGGGCUCUGCUUCAUGGCCCCAGGGAGUUUGCUCUGGGGGCAGCUAGGCCUGACCUGGGUCAAUGAGCAGGGGGCACAGGAGGGCUCUGCAGUGGGCUGGGCCAUGCCCCCUCCCCUGGCCCCAAGCCCUGGCACUCUGUUUUGGGGGCACAGUACAUUAGGCCAGGGGCUGGUGGGCCUGGGUGGGAGGUGGCAGUGGGUGCCACUGGACUCCUUGUUGUUUUAAUGGCUGCACUGUGUCUGGGCUCUGCACAGCCAGCUCCUCUUCGCUCCAGUCUCAAAGGGAUGGGGUGUGGCCAGACCCAUUCGGAGUCAGGUAGGAGUCAACGCUCAGCCCUCUGCCCCCUGAGUGGGGCUGUCACAUGACUGAGAGAGAGGAAUCCUUUUGUUUCAUAGCUUCUCAGGCUAGAAGGGAUCAUGGUGAUCAUGUAGUCUGAUCCCCUGGAUAACACAGGCCAGAGACCUGGCCUGAAAUAAUUCCUAGAGCAGAGCUGUUAGGGAAACAUCCAGUCGUGAUCUAAAAAUGGCCAGUGAUGGAGACUCCAUCACCACAACCUUGGUAGAUGGUUCCAGUGGUUAAUCCCCAUCAUGGGGACACAUGCACACCUUCUUUCCCUUCGCAAUUUGUCUAGCUUCAACUUGCAGCCCUUGGAUCGUGUUUACCUUUCACUGCUGGAUUGAAGAGCCCGUUAUCAAAUAUUUGUUCCUCAUGUAGGUACUUACAGACCGUGAUCAAGUCACCCCUUCACUUCUCUUGGUUAAGCUAAAUAGACUGAGCUCCGGGACUCUCUCACUAUCAGAUAGGUUUUCUAACCUGUCAGUCAUUCAUUUUCGUGGCUCUUCUCUGACCCCUCUCCAAUUUAUCAACACUUGGCUCCUGUGCCCCUUAAUCCCGCUCAAGUUUAGACAGUGUAGUGACUGCAGGUGGAUCUGCGAGGGAGGCCGGGAACUGUGGUAAUGGCAGCUCCCCACCCAGCCCCAUAGAAUGAUAGACCGACAAGCUCCAUUCUGCAGCUUUGGGGUCAGGCUGUGCUCUAUACUCAGCAGCCUUGGCUUGUGUAUCUAGCCCUCCCACUGCCAGCAUGUGUUGCAGCCGUGCCAGCUCCAGCAGCUGGAGUCAGUGUUGGACUCAUGGGGCAGGGCUGGUGCCACCAUGCAAGUGUCUGGCCCCAUUGUCAGGCAGUUAAUGGAUGGGCUGCAGAGCACGUGGAGUGAAAAGGGGACUGGAUGGUGCCACCUUCCCCGUCCCCUCCACUGCCCUAGAGCAGCAGGGGUUGGAGCCUUUGGGGCUAUGGGGAUGAAGCUGUGAGGACCAGGUUGGAACCAGGGAUGGGGAUGGAGGGAGGCCCUGGGCCAGGUUGGAGAUGGGGGCACAGGGGCAGCAGGGUGCUAGGAAUGUGUCUUCCUACAGUGCGCUUUCUAACAUGCUGCUGUGUCUGCCUGCAGCACCGAUGGCGUCAGCCGUCCCUCCAAACUUCUCCUGGGUGGUGCCUGGCAAGCUGGCAGGGCUGGCCAUGCCACGGCAGCCCGCACACUACCAGUACAUGCAUGAGCAUGGCAUCCAGCACCUGGUGUCACUGACCGAGCGCAGCCCGCCCUACCACGACACCUGCCCUGGCAUCAAGCUCCAUCACCUCCGCAUCCAGGACUUCUGUGCCCCAUCGCUGGAGCAGAUCAAGCACUUCCUGCAGAUUGUGGAGGACGCCAGCACCAAGGGGGAGGCGGUGGCAGUGCAUUGCAUGCUGGGAUUUGGCAGGACAGGAACCAUGCUGGCCUGUUACCUGGUGAAAGCCCAGAGACUCACCGGGGUCGACGCCAUCCACGAGAUCCGGAGAAUCCGGCCCGGAGCCAUUGAGACGCAUGAGCAGGAGAAAGCCGUGAUCCAGUUCCACCACCACAUCAAAUAGCCACAGCUGGCGGCGCCCCCCUCUCCCUACACGGGGAAUGGGGGGCAGAGGGAGAGGGCUGCUCAGCUACACAGACACCUGCAGGAGGUGCCUGCUGGGCGUUUUUGGACCCAUGGAGGGAACCUUCCCAACUCCUGGCUGCUGAGGGGAGCUGGGGCUGGUCUCAGAGCCUGGAGCCACACUCCGUUCUCGGCAGUAUCUGCCUGCACUGGGGCAGGGGUUGCCCCAGCCCCCUUUACUCGAGGCAGAGAGGAUGAGAUCUGAAUCGGGGAGGGGCAAGGGGCAGCAAUGUGGAAGGGGGAGCCCCGUAGGGCAACGUCUUCUCCAGUCCCCUGUGAUCCUUGCCUUGGGAGAGCCAGGCCCAUAGAGACGGAGUGGGGCUUUGCCCUGUAGGGAGGCUAUGCAUGCCUGCAGGGUGUGUGGGCUGGAGCCUAUCCAGCUAAGGGCUGUAGAUGAGGCUGGAGGUGUUGGGGGGUUUUACUCUUCAGAGCUGCUGCAAACGUGUCCACCCCCCGCCCUGAAUAAAAGAAGUUGGCAUUGGC